AUGGACUCGGCCAAACCCGGUCAAAACCCGGCCAACCCACCCUUGACCCGGUCGACCCGGGCCAUUGACCCGGCUGGGUCAACUCGGUUGACCCGAAAUCCGUCACCGAGACACGAUUUCAUCUCUGAACACGAACACGAUUCCCACUCUGCCGUCGGCCAUACUCCGGGAAGUUUGCCCCACCAUCUCCGGCCAUCGAGAUACAAUGGCGGGCUCGAAAGAAAUCCGCAUUUAUGUGGCAAUUUUAUCCCCGAUUCUUCUCCAUCGGCAGCCACCCGUACGCGAGCCCUUCAUCUUCACUGGCAUCAGAUGGUCAAGAUCGAAUUGAAGUUCUCCAGGUACAUUCAAGUAGGAAAUGCAGUUGCUGUGCCUAUUGCUCGUGCAUUGAGAUAUUCCUUAGCUUUGGCAAUUAGAGGAUUGUCGGGCGAAGGCCCGUUGUUGACCCUACCCGAUGAAUACCCAAUCGUGAAAGACUUACCGUCUCCGGUUAUUUUGAUGGAGUGA